UGUACGUGUAUAAAACGCGCCUCUCGCUUCUCAAACAACGAAACUGAAUCAAUACUAUCUCUUCACCUUUUUCUCUCGAAGCUUGUCAAGUUUAUAGGCAUCACUAUAGCUUAAUAUUCAAUCAGAUUUCUACUGUUCUCUAGGAGAAAAAGAAUGGCCCAAGCUGACCCUAGUAUUGUUGCCAAUCUUCAAGAGGCAAUAUUAAAGAUUUGUAAUUACCCAAGAGGAUGCCGACGCAUAUCUGACUUUUUUGGAAAAUUCACCAUAACGCCGGAACUGAAGGAAGGAAAUGAGGUUAUCAGAAUCCUUGGAGAUCUUAUCGAUCAACAUGUCCUCAGCUCUGCCAAGAAAUAUUUCGAUGAUGAAGGUCCUUUUCAACUUGAUGACAUUUUGAUAUCUGGAAGCGUCAGUGAAGGAACGGUAAAGAUAAACCUAAUGACACAAAUAUGUUCGGAUACCGAUUUUUUUCUUGUUUUGAAGAAUAUUAAAGUGACAGAGAAAGAUCAAAAGGAAGGAUGCCUAACAAUGAGAGAACAUACACCGUUUGUGAAUUUGUACCUAAAUGAAGCAGAUCUCAUUCAAAGAUGGAUUGACUUCGUGGAAAUUUCAGAGCAGACACUCCCGGAGGAAAAAAAACGCACGAAGCUUUCCUCCAUGAAACUGAAAGAACGUUUUAGAGAAAAGUAUGUUGGAUACGGGCCGAUAUUUACACCACUUUCCGAAGAUAAUGUUGAAGUGGUUGAUGAAGGGCCUUCCGUCGCCGUUUCUACCCGUGUACCCGGAGUUAAAGAACCGCGAUGGGCGCCGUCCGUGCACUUGCCGGUGGAAGAAUUCGACUUUGUGAUCGCUAUUGCCUGCGAAGGAUGGCCGUUGUGUGCCCAAGAGUGGGUAACCAGACCACGAUGUUGGCCAGGUAAAAACGUCGUUCAGGAAAUCAUCCAAGGUGGCUUCCACAUUGUUUGCAAAAGUUCUGCAGAAGGGGACUUCCGGCUUUCAUAUUCCAACGCCGAAACACUUUUGAUUCAAAGCCUGAGUGAUCUCCAACAUAAGGUGUAUCGCGCCUUGAAAUCUUUUGUUAAUCGUUACAAAAAUGAAUGGAGUCCCAAUGUGAAGAAGAUAAUGUGUUCCUAUCACGUCAAAACAAUAAUGCUCUGGUAUUGUGAAAAAUGUGAUACGAGUGAUUGGAGUGAAUCUACAAUAGUUGAGCAUUUAUUGUCGCUCAUAGAUCAGCUGAUAAAGGCUUUGAGAGAGAGAUCAUUGCCGAUGUAUUUUAUGCCAAAACACAACCUUAUGGAACGGAUUGAGGACGGGACCGCGGUAGCCGAGGAAGUAUCAAAAGCACGUUUUAAUCUUAAUUUGGUUACCGAUGCAAUAUUGUCCGAGGAACCAGAUUUUGGCGAAUGGUGCAAAUUCCUGCUCAAAAUCCUGCCACCUGAACUCUACAAACCAUUCCAAAACGGCAUUGAAAAUGGAAAUUUUCAAUCAAACGAUUUCUAUGAAUGGUUUCAGAAGAUGUUUGACGGUGUUGAUGAAUACUGGAUGAACACGGUCGGAAGAAUUCCAACGAGAAACAACGAAGAAGGGGAAAAGGCAAUGAAAAUCUUGCAACAGCCGAUUGCAUUGUUUGUAGACAAAAUGUGUGAAAAUUUCAAUAAUUUUGGCAUGAACGAACAGUUGGAAUUCCUAGAAGGGAAUUGGAAUGAAAAUCAAUGAAUUUCACUGGAAGCCAAUAAACAUUUCAGUACGAAAUUACAGGACUGUAUUAGGGAUAAUUAUUAGGGAUUAGGGAUUAAUUCAAUAUAAAUAGUCAGGUUGAAAUUAGGUCUAACUGGGUUAUUAGAAUAGAUUUCAGGUUAAUAUUUAAAUUAGUGUUAAUGUGAUAGAAUAAGUUGAAUGUUGAAGAUUGUCUGGGAUGACGUAAGUAGAAACAUAUGAUUUGUAAGAGCAGGGCCGUCACUAGAAUCUUAAUCGCAAGGGGGGGGUAUAUUAUCCGUAUGUUCAUGUUCGUACAACCCGGUAGCAACAAUAGCUGACAAAAGAAAUCAGUCGGGCAUAAGACUAAUAUAUGAAUAUCCCCCCCCCCAAAAAAAAUAAGGCUUGUAGCGAUGGCCCUGUGUAGGAAUGAAAGUUGAAAGUUGGGGAAAAUGCUAGUUCAGUUCUCAAGCCGGAAUUGAACCUGGUGUAGGAAACUGGGAUUAAUCGU